UUAUUUUUAUUCCUAAUAAUUAAUAUAUAUUCCUAUUUCCUAGCUCCUCCGUGAGUGUGAUCUGUCUUUAUACUUAUAGUUUAUUUUCAUUAGGUUUUAACGAGAUGCGACUUGCGAUGCAACUUUGUGCAUAAAAAAUUUAAUUCGAUACAUGCAGAAUAUACAACAAUUUAGCUGUGUCUUAAUUUUAUAAGUGAACUUAAUUGACAUCGUUAAAAAUAUAUUUUUUGUGCAGUAAUAAACUCCGUUGAUCGGAAAGACGGUAUUUAUACUGAUAUAGGAUCAAUUAGAGCAAAAAUCGAAAGCCGGCCGGUGAAGAAAAUUCAUCAUGUCUAUUCAAUGGACAUUUAUUGCUGGAUAUUUAUACGUCGAGAUCGUUCUCGUUAUUAUUAUGAUAUCACCCAUAUUUAGUCCGAGAAAAUGGUAUCGUUUCUUUCGAUCACGGUUAUUUUCAAUAUUUCAAGAGCGAACUGCUAUGUAUUUCUACGGUCUAUUGGGUAUCUUGAGUCUGUUUUUAUUUGAUUCUAUCAGAGAAAUGAGAAAAUAUUCUAUUUCAAGCGAACCUGGUCAUAAUCAGCUAGCUAGUGAAAUGAAGGGGAAUGUAAAAUUAUUUAGAUCUCAAAGAAACUUCUACAUAACUGGUUUUGCUAUAUUUUUAUCAUUUGUCAUCAGAAGAUUAGUUACAAUGAUCAUUAUACAGUAUGAAUUACAAUUAAAGGCUGAAGCUAUAAUAAGAAAAGCUGAAGACACUGUUAAUUUUGCUAAGACUACAGUAAUAAAACAGAACAUUCAAGAUGACAAUCAAAAUUAUGAUGAAAUAAAGAGUAAGUUAAAUGAAACUGAGAAUUUGUUGGAAAAUCAAAAAGUAAGGAUCAAGGACCUGGAAGAAGAAGCAACUGUAUGGAGACUUAAAUAUUAGGAGGCAAUAAAUAGCUCCCAGGCACAAGGUGAUAAUUAAACAUUUAUAAAAUGGAUAUAUGCUAGUCUUGGUGCUGUACUGUCCUUGUAAGGAUAAGAUUGAAAUUGUGAUAUGGAAUUAAUUUACUCAUUUAUGUUUUGGAAGUUAUUUAUAAUCUUAUAUUGCGCUUGAAAGUUGCAUUGUGUAUAAAAAAAU